UGAAUUGCCACAUGUAUACAAAAGCCAAUAAAAGUUGUAACGCUUGAUUUUAAAGUUUCAACCGUAAAAAAUGUUUCAGCUAAUAACCGUAGCGUUCUUUUUGUCAUUUCUAAGUGUUUGUGAUAUUUCUCUCGGUCAAGGUACAGUUCCUUGGUAUGAAAACUUACCGGCAGUAGCUAUGGACUAUAAAGUUCACAUAGAUCCCGGUAAAGAAGACUGUUACUUUCAAUAUGUUAACCCUGGUGCUACGUUCUAUGUUAGUUUUCAGGUGUUGAGAGGAGGCGAUGGUAUGGCCGGUUUUGCAGUUCGGCACCCAAGUGGUAACAUAGUACAUCCUUACCAAUGGCGCGCUCACUCUGACUACCAGGAUCAAUCGUCUACUGGUGGCUACUACAGUAUUUGCAUUGAUAAUCAGUUUUCAAGAUUUGCUGAGAAGCUUGUUAAUAUUUACAUCACAGUUAUAAGGUACGACCAAUGGGACGAGUACAGCAAAGAGAUGGAGCAACUCGACGUGAGCGUGGAGAACUUCACGCAGGCAAUACGUCACGUCGAGCAGAACAUCAACGAGAUGCUGCAAUACCAGAACCACAUGAGAGGCAUGGAGCAGCGUGACUAUAACCUGUUAACCGAUAAUAACCGUUACGUGGUCAACUGGUCCAUCACGCAGAUUCUGGUCAUCGCUCUCACCACCGCUGUUCAGGUCUACUUUGUCAGGAAACUCUUCGAUGUAAAAACUGGCAAACUGAAGGCAUAAUAAGGCUGGUACACGUACCUCUUAUAUGCAAGUAUGAGAGAAACUCUCUGAGUCUCGUAUUUGGAACGGAGUAAAACGUCAGAUUACUGAUAUUGAAAAUAGCUGUUGAAUGAACUAUUGUACAACUGAUAUUAUAAUUACUAAUAUUGCAUUUUAUCAUUGAUAGCCUUGAUAUUGAUAGUGAUAACGGUUAUUGGUUGGAUUCAUGGAUAACCAAAGCCCACAGAUAAAACGAAUGCAAUUUGUCUCUGGUGCACUCAAUGGCCUGACUAGGUUAGGUAUAAUUUUGUUUCCUUCUUAAGAAUUUUUCAUGCGGUUUCUAAUGUAUUAGGUUAUUCAUUGUUGAUAAAUCGUCAUUUGCAAUUUUUGAUUCAGCAACUUGUUGAUCACUGUGUUGGAUUAAAUGAGUCAAGAUGAUAGGUGCGGAGUAUCUUUAAUCUGGUAAGCGGAAGUCUGUAUCUCCAUUCAUUUUCUCUUUGAAUUUUGAAAUUUUCAAGCUCAAUCCUUUAUCGUAUUUCAAGUUCUUCUCUUUCAUGUCUGGGGGCACACAAAGUCAAAUACUAUUCCAAAAUUUAGCCGCAGAAACUGCUUUGUCAUUUCCUAAAAUAAUAUCCUUCAUCGUGCAAUGUAUUUCCAUAGUUGGACAGGUCAUGAGGUGUUCAAUAUGUUUAAAAAGGAACAUACGUGUCAAAUUUCAUGAAAAUCUAUUACCGCGUUUCGCUGUAAAUGCGGAACAUAUAAACAU